AUGUCCACCACUACCCUCGAGAGGAGCCAUUCCUGUACCUCCAGUACCUCGCUCUCUAUGUCUAGCCCUCGCCUACCGGUCCGACGUGAGACCACACCGCCGGGAUCGGAGCUGUCCCUCUUCCACAUCCAUGACCGCAUGAACCAACUGGACUCGCGUGUUCUCGAGCUUCGCGCCACCAUCCUUACUCAGGAUGGGUACGUCGAUCGUCGAAAUCGCGAGGAUGAGCAUAUUCGCCGGGAAUUUGAGAAUCACCGUGCGAUUUCCCAAAGAAUCGAUCUGAACGUCGUGGCAUUACGCUCCGAUGUCGAACAGAUCAAAACCAACAUUUUCCAGCUGAAAUCGAGCGUCGGACAGUCCGGGACUGAGACCGUCUUCCUGCGCGGAGAUGUGGAUCGCUUGCAGAAGGCCGUGGACCAGCUCCAGUCGAGUUCGGAGCAGAUGAAGACUGAUGCCUGUGCCACUCGGAUCGAUAUUAGCCGCCUGCAAACAGCCACCAACCAGCUUCGCACCGAUCUCGUCACUCUUGAACACAAAUUAUCCCACCAACUCAAGUCCAUGGAGUCCCGCUUCACUACGCGGAUGGAUUCAAUCGAGUCCCGUAUGGAUUCAAUCGACUCGCGUAUGAAUUCAAUCGACUCGCGUAUGAAUUCAAUCGACUCGCGUAUGCGUCACUCGGAACGCGUCCGUUUCAACUCUCUCGCCCACACUGUCCACGCCCCGAUCAGCCCUGUCCCCCUUGUAACGGAAAAUGGUUCUCUUGAAUGGCCCGCAUACUUCCCCCGGACGGUGUGGAGGUUUUGGUGUCUCAAGAAAAGGAGCCGAGUUCAUCGUUUGAUUGAGCUUGCAGAAUUCUACCAACUGGGUGAUUACCAGGAUUGGUGUCGGAUGCAUCCAUCGGACAUGUUCGCCGACGACAGUGAUUCCAGUAGCUCCAGCGAUGGGGGAUACAACAAUAUCACUCGGGCAGAAGCUGUCCGCCAAUUCCCCGAAGCCGCACACCAGGCUCUAGCCGCCACCCUAGGGCUGAUCUACUAUAAGAUCCGCAACGAGGUGGGCGAGGGCCACAACGCCCCGAUGGCCCGCCCCCCGAAGCGCCACCAAGACGAGGUUGCUUCCACCAGCACCAGCAACAAGUCCAAGCCGGUCAAGAUUCCGCGCCGCCCUAGCGUCUCCGAUUCGUUCCUGCACCGCUUGGUUACCGGCGGUCCGUCCGUGGAGUCAAAGUCUUCAACAUCCGAAGAGUUCGACAAGCUAGGCUGGAAUGCAUUCGCCGAUGUCUCGGACGAUGCGAUGAGCAAGCUUCGCUCAAUUGACCCGCAGGAUAUUGGCAUGGUGCUUCGCGCGCUUGAGCAAGGUCGUCUGAAGCUGAAGCCCAGCCGAUCAGAGAAGCUCAACAUGUCUCCCACUGGAUCCAAGGCGCAGUCCAGCUUUGACAAAGCCGACAAGGCCUCAUCACAUGGUGAUCGAGAUCGAAUCACCGUACCUACUGUACCCAACACAGUUCCUACCCAACCUGUCACCUCAGUGGAUAGUGCAUCCAGAGCUCACGUUUCCAAUAUUCCUGAAACGGCCUCGGAUUCUGACAGUUCUACUUCUUGA